CCCGGGCUGAGCAGCUGCUCCCUGGUUCUCCACGUGCUGCCAGCAGCGCUGGAACUGCCCGAGCCGGAGCGGAGCCGCUGUUCUCAGCUGCAGCCAGGAUCUGCCCCCGGCCCCGCUGGGAUCCAGACAGGCUGCAGAAUGACGUCCAUGUUUUGCUCCAGCUCAUUCCAACCUGGCGUGGGACAGGGAAGAGAAAUGGCUGCAGUGGAGUCAGUCCAGAGGCCGGUGACCUUCGAAGAGGUGGCUGUGUAUUUCACCAGGGAAGAGUGGGCUCUGCUGGACCCCGCUCAGAGAGCCCUCUACUGCUAUGUCAUGCAGGAGAGCUAUGAGACGGUGGUCUUGCUGGGCCAGAGAAUAACAUCCAUGUUUCGCUGCAGAUCAUCUCGUCCUCCCAGGGUCAAGAAAAUGGCUGCAAUGGAGCUGGCUCAGAACAACACCAACCCCAACGGAGUUGCUGAUUUGACAGGGCAAGCCGCGAACAUUGAUCCCGCGCGGUGAGGAUGGGGAUCUCAGACGAGAACUGGGGCACAACACCUGGUUUGUUAAGGCCACAAAAAUGGAGGAAGGAACCUCUUCUCUCCUACUGGCAAAGAACCCCAGAGGGCUUUAACGCCCCUUAUUUCACUCAGGCUCACAACUGACCGGAGUUCAAGAACUGUCCCUGUUCCCAUUGGGAAGAUGAGAGGAGCCUGAGGUCCAGAGAAGGGAAGUGACCUACCCAAGCGCCUACACAGCAAGGCACUGGCAGAGCCAGAAAGAGAACCCACCAGUCCCGACUCCUGUUCUAACAGACAGUAAACCACUCCCGAGGCAGGGAUAAAGCCCAGGAAUCGAGAUGGUGGAGAAAUUUCAUUGAAACCA